UAACUAACUAAUUCUUUUUAUCUCUCAAGAUAUUCCGCAUUUGUAGUCAUCAGAGUUGAGGUGGCCAUUAUUCGCUGCGCCAUCCAGGGGCGGUGCGUAACGUGCUCCUGUAAUACACUGUAUUUACAUUCUACUCUGCAAGGUCAAUCGGUGGAACUUGGUGAAUCCUCAGCCCCUUCUGGUUAGUAUAGCCCCAUACAAGGGUAUCGGCGUCUGUACAUACAGUAUACAAUACAAUUCGUAUUACCCUAUACAUUACUUCGUACACCGGUCGAGACCUGCUCCAGAUAACACUUUUUCCCCUUUCCACCACAAUAAUAAUAAAUAAUAAUAUCUUCUGCUUGUCAGGUUCGUGGGCCAGUUGUACAAUACCCCAUUUCAUUGUCGCCAAUUCUUGUGAGGCCUUGGUGAGUGCCUCCACCAAGAGACACUCUUCUCUCCCUUUUCUUUUUCUCCUUUUAACACACCUAUCCUUUUCCCGCAGCCAUGGGACUUCUUGCAGUCAUUCUGGAGAAGCUCUCCGAACUUCACUCGACCCAGUCGUUAUGGGUUCUCACCUCUGUAGGGCUGUUGGCCCUGUUCAGUGUGUCGGUCGUCGUCAAUGUCUUGCGGCAGAUUUUAUUCAAGAAUCCCCAUGAACCUCCCUUAGUCUUCCAUUGGUUCCCCUUCGUUGGUAGCACCAUCAGCUAUGGCAUGGAUCCAUACAAGUUCUUCUUUGAAAGUCGCGCAAAGUACGGCGAUAUCUUCACCUUCGUUCUCCUGGGCAAAAAGACCACCGUCUUCUUGGGCACGAAAGGUAAUGAAUUUAUCCUCAACGGCAAACUUCGAGACGUUUGCGCCGAGGAGGUCUACUCGCCGCUCACGACACCCGUUUUUGGUCGCAAUGUUGUGUAUGAUUGCCCCAACUCUAAACUCAUGGAGCAGAAGAAGUUCGUCAAGUUCGGUCUUACUUCCGAAGCUCUUCGGUCCUACAUCGGUCUGAUUACCGCCGAAGUCGAGAGUUUUGUCGAGAAAUCUCCCGUCUUCCAGAAGCCCAAGGGUACCUUCGAUGUGUGCAAGUCGAUCGCCGAAAUUACAAUCUAUACCGCGUCGCGUGCUCUACAAGGAAAGGAAGUCCGAGACAGAUUCGACUCCACAUUUGCAGAGAUGUACCAUGAUCUUGACAUGGGCUUCGCUCCCAUCAACUUCAUGCUCCCUUGGGCUCCUCUCCCUCAUAACCGGAAGCGUGAUGCCGCUCAGCAGAAGUUGACCGAAACGUAUAUGGAAAUCAUCAAUGACCGACGCAAGGCCGGUGGCAAGAAAGACUCUGAAGACAUGGUUUGGAACCUCAUGUCGUGCACUUACAAGAAUGGCACCCCUGUUCCCGAUGAGGAGAUCGCACACAUGAUGAUUGCUCUGUUGAUGGCUGGCCAGCACUCCUCUUCUUCUACUGCAUCCUGGAUUCUCUUACGUCUUGCGGCUCGCCCAGACAUCGCCGAGGAGCUUUACCAAGAGCAACUCCGUGUUCUCGGUUCUGAUCUCCCUGACCUCACGUUUGAGAGUCUGCAGAAGCUAGAUCUGCACUCUAAAGUCAUCAAGGAAACCCUCCGUAUCCAUGCACCUAUUCAUUCGAUCAUUCGAGCCGUCAAGAACCCCAUGUCGGUGGACGGUACUCCGUAUGUGAUUCCUACGUCUCACAAUGUGCUUUCUUCGCCAGGUGUCUCUGCGAGAGACGAACAGUUCUUCCCCAAACCUCUCGUAUGGAACCCUCACCGCUGGGAUGAAGUUGCUCAGCCCACCACGGAAGAUGAGGAGAAGAUCGACUACGGAUACGGUUUGGUCAGCAAAGGCACAAAUAGCCCCUACCUCCCAUUCGGUGCUGGGCGCCACAGGUGUAUUGGUGAGCAAUUUGCUUAUGUCCAACUUGGUACAAUUCUUGCUGCCCUGGUGAGAAUCUUCAAAUUCCGCAACAUUCCAGGAGUUGAGGACAUCCCGGAGACGGACUACUCGUCUCUGUUCUCGAAGCCCCUUGGCCAAUCCUUUGUGCAGUACGAAAAGCGUGAGUCUGCUACCAAGGCAUGAUUAAAGUUACGUGCUAUUUACGGCAUUUCCUACUUAAACCUUUUAAUUAUGGGCAGAACGGCGAUAUGACCAGUAGCCCUUGUUCUUUUAUGAGUGCUGUCAUCCUGCAUUUUGACGAAUGAUUGCUGGCUGUAGAUUAUUUGUUUCAUUUUCUUUUUUUCUUUAUUGGUGGUCACCGAACCGCUUUCUUUCUCUGGCCAUACUGCAGUAUGUAUAUCGGUUUAAUUAUGUUCAUGACAUAGAGAAUAAUCAAGAAUUCAGUACAUAAACUUACUAUAAUUAUAUGUUCUAUAUCUGCUCUG